AUGGUGAAGGCGGCUUAUGUAAGGCCAGCCACACUUAUUGAAAACGCUGACUGCAGGAAGUUAGUGCAAAUGCUUCGCAAAAACUCAAUGAACAACAUAUCCCAUGCUUUUCCAUUAGAUCUCUCCAUCUCUUGGGGGGAGUACGACGCCGACGACGAUGCGGAGGGGGAGUACGACACCGACGCCGACGACGGUGCGGAGGGGGAGUACGACGCCGACGACGAUGACGAUGCGGAGGGGGAGUACGACGCCGACGACGAUGCGGAGGGGGAGUACGACGCCGACGACGAUGACGAUGCGGAGGGGGAGUACGACGCCGACGACGAUGACAAUGCGGAGGGGGAGUACGACACCGACGACGACGACGAUGCGGAGGGGGAGUACGACGCCGACGACGAUGACGAUGCGGAGGGGGAGUACGACGCCGACGACGAUGCGGAGGGGGAGUACGACGCCGACGACGAUGACAAUGCGGAGGGGGAGUACGACACCGACGACGACGACGAUGACGAUGCGGAGGGGGAGUACGACGCCGACGACGAUGCGGAGGGGGAGUACGGCGCCGACGACGAUGCGGAGGGGGAGUACGACGCCGACGACGAUGACGAUGCGGAGGGGGAGUACGACGCCGACGACGAUGCGGAUGGGGAGUACGACGCCGACGAUGAUGCGGAGGGGGAGUACGACGCCGACGACGAUGCGGAGGGGGAGUACGACGCCGACGACGAUGCGGAGGGGGAGUACGGCGCCGACGACGAUGCGGAGGGGGAGUACGACGCCGAUGACGAUGCGGAGGGGGAGUACGACGCCGACGACGAUGCGGAGGGGGAGUACGACGCCGAUUACGAUGCGGAGGGGGAGUACGAUGCCGACGACGAUGCGGAGGGGGAUCCCCAAUUUACUAUUCUGUUGUGUGGACCCCCAAAACUCUUACAUGGACCCUGGUUGACAGCCACUGAUUUAGAUGAACUAACGUUUUCAGAGAAAGAAAUUAACCCACUAAUUCGCACACCACAAAUGAAAUCUCUAAGCGGAACAGUGAAAAUAUGCAAGACAUUUUUCAAGUUCAAAAUGUGA